AAAUUAAUAUCAUAUCAGUUAUUGCGAAUUAUUGUCACGAAUGGUCCGCAAUAAACAUGGCCGGAAAGUGAAAAUGGGGGAAAAUCCACUAUAGAUUAGGUUUUCCGUGGGGGUAAUCUGGCUAUAAAAAGGGGGAAAACCCACUACAUAGUCAGCUUUCCGUGGGGGGGAAAAACUGCUAUAUAGCCAUUUUUCCGGGGGGAAAGAUGGCUAGGGGGAAAAGGCACUAUAUAACACCGGAGGGAAAGCUAUAAGCUUGCAGAUAAAUUUACAAAGAGAGAUUUCGUAUGAGUUGGACGGAAUAGACCAGAUGAAACUUGGGUUUUGGUUUUGGAUAAUGGAUUUGAAACGGUAAAAAUCAUUGUCAUUUAUCAUUCUAAUGUAACGGUUUGUUUGGUGUAGCUUAAAUACAGCAGAUCAGCACUAUCUUUUUCAAAGUCUGUUUCGGUGAAAAUGAGCAAUCAAGAAGCCACGUUUGUAGUUAUUCAGUAAGACUGUAAGUGGACAAAAUAUUGAUGACAUCCGGAAUAAAUCCUCGCUGUUUAUUGGAAAUGUUCUCCAGGAAUGAAAAUAGGCGUGUUGAAAAUAUUUUCCUGAUAUAUGGUAUAUUUUCUCACUUUAAUUAUCCUCAAAUUUUUUCAAACAAAUCUAAUCUGUGCGAUUAAUCUUCUACGGAUUGGCGUUAUAAAGCUUGUUCUUCGCAAAAUGAUAAUAAACUUAAAAUUUUUAAAGCUAACCUUUCCAAGCUUAGAUCUAUUAUAUCGCUGUAUGAAUUCUGUUGUGACUGUUCUAUCAAGGUAGGUAGGUAGUGCCUAUAAAAGAUGUUAAAUCUAAUUACAAUUCAAAUGAUAACUGAGGAAUGGAAUAUGUUGUACAAGAAAACUGUGCAUUUAUAUCAUAUUUUACAUUUAAAUUUCGUUUUAAAAAAAAUCAACCUACUUUUUAUAAAACAUCAUGAAAUUCAAUAUUUAAUUUGUUCGUGGUUUUGCUUUAUCUUAUCACUCAAUGUGUGUGUGACCGCCCUUUACGAUUUGUCUCGUGUGAUAUAUAAUAAAUCAAUGAAUCUAUUGAUUGAGACACAUGCAUUUGAUCAAUGACGAGAGCUUACUAUCCCACAACGGAACGCGACCCUAGAUAAUCUGGAAGUGGAUUCCAUGGAUAUUACGAGAUUCUUCCUGAUUUCUUUUCAUUGGCUUGUUGGAGUUCCCACGGUUAUUCUAAUUGAUCCUUGCAAUGACAGUUUUUUGUCGAGUUACGGAAGAGGAUCCCUUUCGUCGGAAUAUAUCCAUACUACAGCUGCCACUUGUGACAUGUUCUGGCCAAAUGAGACUUGGAAUUUUCGGAAUACUUUUGUCGGACUUAACACCACACAGAGUUGUCCCGCAAUGAAACACUGCAGUAACCUGUUCUCGCUAUGGAUGAUGGAUUGGACCGAGAUCUUAUUAUCUAUAUUACUUACAUAAGUAUUUAAAAAAAAAAUCUCUGAUUUUUUAAAGAAUAGAACUGUAGAGAUGUUUGAAACACUUCCGGGUGGCGAUCUUACUACUUUACGUUUUGUUCUCUUUCAGGAACGCUUCCGGACUCCAAUGACAUCGUACCCAAACUGUUCUGUGAGACGGAGGCAAUUGGAUGCUGUAAAAGCAAUGUCACGAUCAGUAUCAGGAAAUGCUCACUAUUACGUGUAUAUUUUCAUCGCAACUCUACAGGCUGUGAUAAGGCUUUUUGUUUUGGGCCAGAUGUGAAUCAUACUCCUGUAAGAAAUAGUGGUGCUGAUUAAGGAGUCUACAAGACAAUCCGAAGGAUGAUGGAACAAUUAACUUAAAUCUGUCAGAUACGGAACAGAUAUGGAAAAAUUUUGAUCUACAAAGAACGGGAGUUAUAGAUGAGAUAGGUGAAAACAGAAAUGGACCAAAUGUUUGUCUAACAGAUAAAGGGAACACUAGCCUCGAAAACAUCGCCAAUAUAUUUUGUUGACCAAACAAGACGAAGUCAUUAUGACGGAUGUAUACUACAAACCUACGGAUACUCAUCAGUAUUUACACUUCAACUCAUGUCAUCCACGACAUACGAAAAGAGCAAUACCGUAUAACCUGUCUAAACGAAUAUGCACAAUCGUUAACGACGAGUCUGUCAAAAUACAGAGAUUACAGGAAUUAAAAAAGUAUCUAAAGAAACAAAGUUAUCCGGAUAAAAUUAUUGACGAUGCUAUUGAAAAAAACCAUGAAAUUAGACAGAAAGAAGCUCCUCAAUCCCGUUCAAAACAACAAUAAAAAAUCGAAGAUAUUACCACUGGUUACCACCCAUAAUCCCAGAAAUACUAACAUCGCCCCGAUUGUUCUUGAAACGACGUCUUGAAGACUGAUGAAACAAUGGCUAAGAUAUUUGAAAAACAAAAAUUUAUAAACAGCAAAAGACAGCCGAAGAAUCUUCGACGCAUCCUUACUAAAUCCAAUUUCAAAGAAAAAUCGGAGUUUGAAGUCACUAAAUGCCAGGAUUCGCGAUGUGGCACUUGUCCCUAUAUUAAACAAGGACAUCAUUUCAAUUUUGGUGGGAAACAGUUUAUCGUUAACAACAACAUGUCGUGUCAAACCAGAAAUCUAUUAUAUGUUAUCACGUGCUCAGAUUGCGGGGAACUAUAUAUUGGAGAAACGGGAAGUACCUUACGGGAAAGAAUCCGAAUUCACAAACAGCACAUCAACCAACCGGAAUACCGCAAACUAAAAGUUAGUGAACACCUUGACCUGUGCGGAAAAAAAUCCUUUACUGUUUUUCCGUUCUAUAAAAUGUACAAUUCAAUACUGUUGAAAGGCGUGAUAAAGAAAAACAUUUUAUAAGAACUUUUAAACCUAAAUUGAAUAGCUUAAUGUAACCUCUGAGUAUUCUAAAUGUUUUAUUCAUGUUUUAACCGUAUCAUAUAAUCUGUUAUUAUUAGUAUUGUGAUAUCUAAAAAUACAGGAAAAUAUGACGUCAUUCAGAGACUUGAGGACGCCGUUAAACUAUUAUGACGUCAUAACAAACGUAACCAUGUUAGUAUUGUAAAACAUCUGAAGAAAAUGAAAGCACUUAUG